AUUGUAAGAUCUCUCCUAGGAGAUACUGGGAGUGGCUUGGCUUUCUCGUUAAUCUUUGGGUCCUAGUGCCCCCCGCAUUCUUUAAAAGCUGACUAGACUUGCUGGUUUGGACUGUUCAUAGCUGGUGGGCUUCGUAACCCCUUUGCUGCUUCCCUCACCUACGGCACACCGGGUUUUAGUGUGCCUUCAAGAUGUGUGGGAACAAAGCAAUGUUUGAAGUUUUCCUGCUGCUGCAAGGAACAUAAAUGCUGAAGACUACAUUAAUUGUUCAGAGAAUGUAGAUUAAUUGGCUGGAAAAUAGUUGUCAUGAAUUCUCAGGUCAAUUACAUGGUUCCGGAAAUGAAACGCAGGCACUCUGGAAAGACAUUUCCGCAUAACCGUAGUGAGCCAGAGAUGGAAACUAAGGAGGAUCUGAGAAGAAAACUCCAUCAAGCCAAGAAAGAGAAAUUGGAUAUAACUGCUAAACAUAAUGCAGAGCUAUCAAACUAUGAAAGCCAAAUUGCCAAGUUGCGAGCAGAAGUAGAGAAAGGUGAGGCUGUUCGACAAAGCCUGGAGUAUGAGCUUGCUAUUGUAAGGAAAGAAGUUGGUCUAGAACGGUACUCAUCAGAAGACAGGUUAUGUGAAGCAAAUAAACAAAUAGAACAACUUCAAGCAACAAUUAGAGCAUUUCAGCAGAAGUUGAAUGAGACAGAGAGAAACUAUCACAUAGCUAAACACCAAUGGGAUGAACAACAGCAAAGACUCACAGAUGACAUAUCAGAAAAGGAAGUCAUUAUCAAUACCUGCAACAGUGAAUAUGAGUUACUUUUGAAGGAGAGGACUCAACUGGACAAUAUUUUGAAGGAGGUCUUGGAACGCCACAAGGAGCAGAAGAGCAUGAUAGAAUCAGAGAUCAGGGAAGUGACAGCAGAGGAGCUUAGGUCUCAGGCAAAGCGGUGGAAAGCAGAAAGAAGUGAACUCCAGUUUCUGUUGCAGGAAAGCAACAGUGCAGUGAAGAACGUUCACAAGAAAAUGCAAGAGCUGGAAUUGGAACAUAGUAGCUGUGCAGAAGCACUGAGGCGGCAGGCCAGUGAACUUGAAUUCAGUGCUGAGCGAGAGGCUCGGCUUAAAAAAGAGCUUGAGGUAGCUACAGUAAGAGUAAAGAAACUGGAAGAAAACAUUGAGGCUGAGAGAGCGGCACAUCUGGAAUCAAAAUUUAAUUCUGAAAUAAUCCAGUUAAGAAUUCGAGACCUUGAAGGAGCUUUGCAAGUGGAGAAGGCCAGCCAAGCAGAAGCACUUUCCGAUUUGGAAAUGAUCAAAGGCAAAUUUAAAGAGGUAGAAAAAGCCUAUGAAAGAGAGAAGCGCAAUGCUUACGAGAGCUUUGAAAAACUCAAUAUCCUAGAAAGGGAGUAUGUGUCCAUAAACAAGCGGCUAAACGAAGAUAUAGAAGAAAAGAAGAAAGUAAUUACAGACCUCUCAGAGAGACUACAGAAUAAUGAAAAAAGUUACAAAGAAUUACAGGAUGAACUUCUAUUGGCCAAGAAACACCAGGCCUUCCUAGCAGAGACCUGUGAAAACAACGUGAGAGAGCUGGAGUUACUCUUGGACAGCUUUUCUGUGUCAGGCCAGCAGACAGCAGGCAUUCACAAGGACAAAGAUAAAUCUCCAAGCUUCACUCUUGUCCUUGAGACUUUGAGGCAUACCUUGACAGAUUACCAGAACAAGCUGGAAGAUGCAUCUAAUGAGCUAAAGAAAAUGACAUUUCUCUCUGAGAAGAUGGUAAAAGAGCUUGAAUCUUCCCAACACCAACUAAGAUUUCAAACUCAAGAACUUCAGGAAUUGAACAAUAACCUUGCCGGUGCCAGCAAAGAGUUAACUCAUUGGCAAGCUAAGUGUGCAGAUAGAGAAUCUUUAAUAGCUACUUUAAAAAUGGAGCUACAGAAUGUACUGCACUGCUGGGAGAAAGCGAAAGUGCAUUCUACAGAAUCUGGAAAUGAAAUCCAGAAGCUUACCCAAGCUUAUGAGAAGGAUACAGAGGAGAAGCUAACCUUCCUCCAUACUUUAUAUCAGCACUUGGUAGCAGGCUGUGUCCUCAUAAAACAGCCAGAAGGCAUCCUCGAUAAAUUCUCCUGGCCAGAGCUUUGCACAGUCUUGCAGGAGAAUGUUGAUGCCCUGAUCUUAGACCUCAACAAGGCUAAUGAGAAGGUAUCUCACCUUGAAUAUGUUUGCAAGAACAAGUCGGAUACAAUGAGGGAGCUUCAGCAGACUCAGGAUGAUACUUUUAACAAAGUAACUGAACAGAUGAAAGCGCAGGAAAGCUGUUGGUUGAAGCAGAAGAAGGAAUUGGAACAGCAAUAUUCUGGACUCCUUGGGGAAGUUCACGCAAGGGCACAGAAAUAUCAAGAAAUGGCAGAAAAAGCUAAAGAGAAGUUUGCUACUGCUGAAAAGAUACAGGAGCAAUUACUCUUUGAGAAUUCACACUUUAAAACUAUGUUGACCCAGACUCAAAAAGAACAUAUGUCUCUGCUGGCAACUUGUGCGCUGUUGUCUGGAGCCUUGUACCCUCUCUAUAGCCGAUCGUGUGCCUUAUCCAUACAAAGGGACUUCCUUCAAGAUCAAGUCAAUACCUUUGACAUUUUCAAGCAGGAGAUCCGGACUCUGGCCAAAGCUUUGUCUGAGACCGAAGAAAGCAAGCCAAGUGAUGGCAAGGUGAAGAAGAAAAAGCAUUUCAGAGGCUUGAUACGUCUCUUCCGCAAAGGUGUUAUUGCAGUGCUGGCAGCCAAUAGGCUUCGCAGUUUGGGCCAGUCUUGUAGCUCCCUUUUCUCCUGGGUGGAUGGCUUUAGAGAAGGCAUAGGAAUCUUAGUCUGUGCAGGAGACUCCAAGGAUCUUCAUAACCUGUCAAAGCAACAGAAGGAACAGAUCCGUUCUCUUCAAGCACUCAGUUGGUUUACCAGUCCUAGCCUCCUUGCUGCUAUUCUCAGUUCAGUGGUUGAGCUACAGGAAGUAGUUAGCAAGACAGAUCUGAAUUCAUGGCUUUCAGGACAUUUACUUACCAGCGCAGCAAGGAAUUCUUUUUCGAAACUUAUGGACAAACUUUGUAUUAUGAUGGAAGUCGCUACAACGGACAGCAGCAGGAGCAUUACCUACAUAGAGAAAGACUCUUUGGUUCAGAGACUAGCUCGUGGGCUCCAUAAAAUAAAUGCACAGGCUCUUAAAGAAGGCAUAAAUGAUAGAGCCCCUGCUAUGAAAAGCAUAGCAUCCUUGCAGAAGCAAAUAUUUGAAUUUACACAAAGACUACAUUCAGCAGAAGUGGAACGGCGGUCACUACGCUUAGAGCUCACGGAAUUCAAACGCAAUUUGAAUGAGAUGAAGAAAGAGGCUGACAAAGCGCAGAGCUUGCAAGAGCAAUUAAAUACAUUUAAGCAAUCUAAAUUGAUCACCCACGAGAGGUUUGAAAGUGCAUGUGAGGAGCUAAAUAAUGCAUUACUUCGGGAGCAGCAGGCACAAAUGCUUUUGAACGAACAGGCACAGCAGCUGCAGGAGUUGCAAUAUAAGCUGGAAGUGCAUUCCUGUGAAGAAGCAGACAAAAACCAAACUCUUGGUGAAGCUGUCAAGAAUCUCUCCGAGGCAAAGAUGGAGCUGAGAAGAAAAGAUCAAUCUCUGCGUCAGCUCAAUAGACAUCUUACCCAGCUGGAGCAGGACAAGCGUCGACUGGAAGAGAGCAUCCAUGAUGCAGAGAGUGCCCUCCGCAUGGCAGCAAAAGACAAAGAAUUAAUUGCUAGUCAUAUGAAAUCAGUGGAAGCCACCCUUCAGAAUGUCAGAGAUCAGAUCUCUCUGUCACGGACUGCGGCAACCAGGAAUGACUUCACCCUGCAGCUACCUAAGCUGCACCUGGAGACCUUUGCAAUGGAAGGGCUGAAGGGUGGGCCAGAGGUUGUAGCAUUCCAGGCGAUGAUUGUAAGUUUUAUGGAUGUCUAUCAACUUGCAUGCUCCAGAGUCUCCACACUAGAAAGAGAGAUAGCAUCCCAUCGGCAUCACAUUGCAGCUCUGAAAUCAGAACUCCAAACAGCAUGUCUUCGUGAAAAUGAAAGCUUGCAUUCAACACCAACUGUGCAUCCAGCCCAGGGAAUAUGUGCUCCAGCUGGUGACUAUUGCUCAUCGCUCUCUCUGUGUCUCCUGCUGCUCUUCUGCAGGAAGACGAUUCAUCCCACUCCUCAUCCUACACAGACCACAAAGGAGGCCCACCCCAUGACUAGCAGGAAUGACCCAGAUGCAGCUGGCUAAUUCUCCAUGGGAUUGUUGACCUCCAUGGCUAAUCCUCCAUAGAAUUUGUUGGCAAAGCUCCAUGACAGACCAUUAGUCGAGAGGUCUAAUGUUCCUACUAUGGAGUUGGUGCUAUGAGAGAUACAGCACCCACUACUUUGCUCUUUGUCAAGCCACUGUCCAAGGCACAAGAUUCCUGCUACAAUGGUUUGUCGGUAAUGUGUGUCUUUCUCUUUCAGGAUUUCCUUCAUCCUGGAAGCUGUUCAAAACAAGGCAAUGACACUGCUACAUAUGUACCUUUUUUUUCCUGCUGUGGAGUGGUAGAAAAGGAUCCCUUACCCAUUCCUCCUGCAAUCUGGCUUCAGCUGAGGAUAGUGCUUUCAGAUGGUGGGCAAAAAACUUAAUGGUCUCAGGGCUCCUGCACAACCUGCUCAUUCAUAUCAUGAGCUGAGUGGAAACCUCUUGGCAGGACUGGUCUGAGGAGAAGGUCUGGGAUCCAGGGGAGGGGUCCAGUGGUUUGGGAGUAUGGAGCGAGAAUGUUGGGGAGAGGCCAAGUGUUCUGCCUGUCAACAGCCACCUCCUUGAGGUGUCAUCCGAUGUAGAUGGAAGGGGUUGAGCUGCCAAACUGUCCCCUUACCUUGCGUCCAGCGGUCAUUCUAUCUCCCAGCCAGGCCCCUGUGGCUGACCCUCCUACACCACAGGAAAGGAGGCCAGAGGUGUAGCCGGGGGAUGUCCUGGCCAAGUCACCUGUGCCACCAUCGCCAUGAAUGUGUCAGAGGCUGUGCAGGCAUGAACAGACUGAUCCCAAUACCCAGUCUACUUAAAGGAGUGCCCGUUUGCUUGUCCAGUCCUGAGCCAGGAUACAAGUUCUGAACAGGUAGUCAUGCCCAACCUCUCCUGCAUUAAGAGGGCUCUGGAGAGUGAGUGUCAAGUGUUGCAACCAUGUCUUCACUUGUGUAGCCAUGCCUUGCAGUGAUCUUAACUGUGUGACCUGUAAACUGAUCUAUUUUCCAAUUGUGUGCUAAACUGUUGAUUAAAGCUAUUGGCAAUAUCUGAGGCAAGAGUCCUGAGACAGAAUCUGUCAGUGGGAGCCAGGACAAUUCAUACAAUGCCUUGGAACUGAAUGAUGCAACAUCAUCAUAGAGCACCUCUCCAGGGGCAUUUGGUACUCUGUUUCCGAAGUACAUGACAGCCACACUGCCAGUGGGCGCUCAGCUGAGCUGCAGCUGAGUUUAGAAAAAUGGGGGGGAGGGUAAAGAAGCCCUUGGACUGCCUUGUAGAACAGUUUGUAAAUAUUACUCCUUCCUAGAAGCAUGUUUGGGCCAGCCAAUCAGCCUUUUCUAUUUCAAUGGACAUUGGAUGAAUUCAAACACAACAGCAUGACUACUGUGCUUCAGGGAUAGAGGUGUUACUGGCACCUUUGGAGUUUAUAAUAAAUGUUGGCUAUGUUGACUUUAUCCAGCAAGAAGAGAACUAACAGCUGCUGACCUGCCAUAAGAUCUCUUGGGCCUAAGGUUGAAAGUUGCCACUUCCUUGAAUGUUGUAAGUGGCUUCCAGCUAACCAGGGAUGAGACUGCUGGGACCAUCAAGGAGCAAGUUUUUCCACCUGCCUUGCCCCACCCCUCUAUCAAGAGGAGCUACAGACUGAGAGCAGGACUUUACAAACCGAAAACACUUGGAGUUUGGAAAGCCAGCCUCUGGGAUGGUAAAUAAAAAGUCUACAAAAGCCUCAAAAGGAGCUGUAAAUAUAGAGACCAGAGAAUCGAGGACUCAGUGGACUUCAACAUGGACCACUCCAGCUUCAUCUCGUGCCGCCACCUGGAGCUCGCCUUCCACGCCCCGCACUUCUACCUAUGCUGCCUCGGCAAGAACAGUGUCCUUGUUGACAGCACCUUUCAGCGCAGGGGUGGCCCAGGCCUCCAGCUGCCCCUGCAUUUAUUUAUUUAUUUAUUUUAUUAAAUUUAUUAGUCACCCAUCUGGCUGGUUUGCCAUUUUGGGAUCCCCUGGGAGCUUGUGAGACUUUGGGGGUGAUUUGUGUGUGUUGGACCCCGGGUGAGAGCCAGGGUGGAUGGGUGGAGUCCUGGGUGAGAGCCAGGAGGUUAAGAGGUGUUGAGUGGAGAAGUGCAAGGCAAUCGUUUUAAUAUUCAUUUGUUAAUUUGUAUUAUGUAUGCUUUUGUAUUGUGGCUUCAUUGUAUAUUUUUAUAAUAUUUGCUGUUUUAUCUUCUGUACACUGCUUAGAGAUUUUUAUAUAUAUUAAGUGGUAUAGAAAUGGCUUAAAUAAAUAAAUAAAUAAAUUUCUUCCACCUACCCCCCCCCCACAAAAUGUCUCCAAAUUUCCACCCCAACCUUCAUGAGAAAGGAAGAUAUGACGGGUGUGUGUGUAUUGUCCCAGCCCUAAGAUAUGUCCUAAGACAUGGCCCCAUAUUUACAAAACAGAAGGAGCUUUGCACUACUAUGUUACAUUACUGUGUAAAGUUGCCUUAUCAGUAAAUCGCUCAGAUGAAUUAUGUCCAAUAAUAAA